AUGGAGCAAAGAAAGCGGUUUGGAAAUGUGUUCCUAAGAUGGGUAAACCGCAGAAGGCAAAACCAGCAGUGCCUUCUGGAAGCUACAGUUGAAAUUAUAUCGAAAACAAAAUGUAAGAGAAGGUGGGGUAAACGCUACCAUAACAUAAUUGAAAACUACAUGAUCUGCUCAAAAGAUAUCGGUCAAUCUAUGUCCGAGAUUUGUAAUGAUAAGUACGUAGAAUGUCAAGAUAUACAUUACUCAGACGAUGAAGAAGAUACGAGAAGAGAAGUCCAUGUGUCGAGGUCUGAGAGAGUCCCAUCGAAUCUUGUGAUGCAUUCAGGAUAUCAUAAUGAAACUAUUGGAACAUCACGACGCAAAGAGCAAGCUAAUGGUGGAUUUUGUGAGAAUGAUCACGGCGGUCCCAUGGUAUACGGAACAGGAGCCAACGCAAUUGUGAUCGGUGUGAUCUCAGCCUGUCUUGUCAAAGAGAGAAGUAACAAAUGUUAUGGACCCUUUCUUUAUACCAGUAUCUUCAAAAACCGGCAGUUCAUUUCUUGCUCCAUAUACAAAAACGUAGAAGAGAAGUGCCGACGCCAAUUUAGAUCUGGAGAGACACACGAAGAAAAAUUUAUUUCUUGGAAGAAUCAUCCUGAUGGUCCAGCAAAAAAUGAAUUGGAAGAAGCAAAAUCCAACACGACGCUACCUCAAAUCUUCUUUAGAGUGGAAGAAGAGAACACGAACGACAAAGUAUUCGCUGACGGAGGAAAGGACAGGUCAGUGGUUCCAAGUGAAGAAGGUCUGGGAUACAAAGUUUUUUUGAAACUAACUAAAAAUGUACCUGCUGGCUCAUUAGUUGUGUUUGAUAACUUCUUCACUAGCAUUUCUUUAAUGGGGAUUUUACAUGAAAGAAACAUUUACAGUGUUGGCACAGUGCAAUUGACAAGAAAAGGAGUGCUAGAAAAAUUCACUUCAAAAAAACGUGGGGACAGUGAAGAGAUGAAAAUGAAGAAAAAAGAACUGAUGAAGCUUGCUCCUGAUGUCACCCUUUCGGUUCCAACGACAACAACUUCAAACGACAUAAAGGAUGAAAAACAGCAAGUUGCCAGUAAACUCGAAAAUACCAACACCUCUCAAAAUGAAAUAAGCGACGAGCCUGAUGAGGGAUGGGAGUAUGAAAAUAGGACCGAGGUUGACACUCGUAGGAUUUUGUACAGCAAAAGAGUAGAUGCUGGGAAGAGACCAUAUAUGGUAUAUCUCCAACUGACCAAGGAAUCAGCGAAAGCACACAAGUACCGGGGCUGGUUGUGUGGUGGCGUUAUCCUCUCCCCAUACUAUGUGCUAACUUCCGCCGCGUGUGUUGAGGACGCUGAUCAUUUCUAUAUAGUAUCCGGUACCACGAAAUUCGUUGACAGUUUCGAUUACAAAAGCGACGAUUGCGUCUGUAACCACCGGCGUAAAGUUGUUUGGAAGUGUGUUCCUAAGAACUAUAAAUUUGAUUUCCAAGACAGCAUCAAAUGGUCCUCUAACGACAUUGCCAUUGUGAAAGUCAAAAAACCUUUCAAGCUAGGUGUCAAGGAGAAGGGUUGUGAGUUUGCUACGAAUUCACUUGGUUACAACAACGUAAGCAGGGAUCUGGAAAAGGCCGGGACGAAGGGCUACAUUGCGGGCUGGGGAAGCGUCAAUAACUUUAGAGAAGGCGUGUAUCGUCGACAAGAAGGGCAUGUGCCCCAGAACGCCAAGUUCCUGCAAGAGGCCAAAGUGUGCGUCAUGGAUAACGAACAGUGCGCAAAGAAAUGGGCGCAGAAGUUCAGGAGCAUCAUCACGCAAUACAUGAUCUGCACCAAGGACGUCAUGAAACGCCUGAGUGAGAUUUGUGAUAAAAAAUACGCGAAUUGCACGGACAUGGAAGAAAAUAGGCGUCAUUUAGAUAAGCUCGAUGAACAGAAUUCGGAGACGUUUAGUGUGGACUUGGGUAGGCAUAUACGGGACCCUGACGAUUAUACAGCAAGAAGAUCUUACGGCGGAUUUUGUGAGAACGAUCACGGUGGUCCAUUAAUUGUGAAAUAUCAAGGAAAAGAGCGAGUCAUCGGUGUGAUCUCCGCUUGUAAAAUAGACCCCAAGAGACACAGUUGCCACGGACCUUUCCUGUACACCUCAGUGUUUAAGAACAGACAAUUCAUCUCCUGUGCGAUCCACAAGGAUAUCGAGGAGACCUGUAGACGUGUAUUCCGGUCGGGUAUUACGCAUGAAGAAUGGUCCGUCAACUGGGACAACGUGGACGAUAAACAUAAAGCAGAAUUAAAAAAAGAGAAAAAAGAUAGUUCUGAUGAAUUUAGCUCAGACGACAGUGAAGAAGCUAAAGCUAAAUCCAAUAAAAGACAAAAGAAUAGUAAGAAAGUGGAGAAAGCAGCACCAUAUGGUCAUCAGAACAAUAAAAGCAAGCAUAAGUCUGGGAACAAACACAGAAGUUUAAAGAAAGAGAAAACUGAAUCAAAAAAACAAGCUAAACAUGGUAAAUCGAGUGACAGACAAAAUAAAGACGAUGUAGUUUAUGAAUCCAGCCGAGAGGAAAAUGUCAACGAACCUGAUAACGAAUAA